GACCCAGUCAGGAAGUGAAGUCGGACUUCAUGACAACACUGAAGACUCACUUGUCUGUACAUGUCCAGCGGGUUUUGUGCAUGUGUUAGCCCUGACGGUCUGGAAACAUGACAGACAUUUUGUUAAGGAUCAAACACAGUGUGGCAGAGAAAAAGAAGACAGUUGUUGCUCAGAGCGACUUGCAGAAGUGGGGUUUAAGAGGGAUACAGCUGAGACCUUACCAGCUGGAUGGCGUGCAGUGGUUAACUCAGUGCCUGAAAAACCAGCAGGGAUGCAUUUUGGGAGACGAGAUGGGUUUAGGAAAAACCUGCCAGACGAUCUCUCUUCUGGUGUACGUGUCAGGAGCUCUUGGGAAGAAAGGCCCUUUCUUGGUGCUGAGUCCGCUCUCUGUCAUGGAGAACUGGAAAAAAGAGCUAGAAAGCUUCGCCCCCUCUCUGACUGUGCUGUGUUACAAAGGAGACAAAGAGAGACGGGCUGAGCUUCAAAGGGAAACAGACACACAGGACUUUCAUGUUCUGCUCACUACAUAUGAGCUGUGUCUCAGAGAUGCCUCAUUCUUGAGACGGUGGAAGUGGAACGUGCUCGUGGUGGAUGAAGCACACAGACUGAAGGAUCAGAAUUCACUGUUGCACAAAAUGUUGACACAGUUCUCAGUUGGCUUCAGAGUCCUGCUGACAGGGACCCCCAUCCAGAACAACCUGCAUGAACUCUACUCCCUGUUGAGCUUCAUUCAGCCCAGCAUCUUUACAGCUGAUGAGACAGACAGCUUUGUCAGCUCAUACUCCAGUGUACGAAGUCAGCCUGCUCUUGCUGCUGAGCUGCAGAGUGUGCUGGAGCCCUUCUUGCUGCGUAGAGUCAAAUCAGAAGUGGCUGUAGAUUUGCCCAAGAAGACAGAGCUGGUGGUGUACCAUGGCAUGUCGGCUCUGCAGAAAAAAUACUACAAAGCCGUCCUUAUGAAGGAUUUGGAGGCUUUUGGAAACGAGCAGGGCAACAAAAACCGUCUGCUGAACAUCUUGAUGAACCUGAGAAAGUGUGUGGACCACCCAUACUUGUUUGAUGGCGUGGAACCGGAGCCUUUUGAGAUGGGGGAGCAUCUCAUUGACGCCAGUGGUAAACUUUGCCUUUUGGACAGCAUGCUGACUUACCUUCACAAAGGGGGACACCGUGUCCUGCUGUUCUCUCAGAUGACACGGAUGCUGGACAUACUUCAGGAUUACAUGGAGUUCAGAGGUUAUAGCUAUGAACGCCUGGAUGGGUCAGUCCGAGGGGAGGAACGAAAUCUCGCGGUGAAAAACUUCAGCAGCAAAGAUGUCUUUGUAUUUCUACUCAGCACUAAAGCAGGUGGAGUGGGCCUGAACCUCACAGCUGCUGACACGGUCAUUUUUAUGGACAGUGACUUCAACCCUCAAAAUGACCUGCAGGCUGCCGCACGCUGCCAUCGGAUUGGUCAGAACAGACCGGUGAAAGUGGUCCGCUUUCUGGCAAGAGACACUGUGGAAGAAAUAAUGUACUCCCGUGCUGUGUCCAAGUUGCACCUCACCAACACUGUUAUUGAAGAAGGACGCUUCUCUUUGCUUGACCAGGCCCAGUCAGCUGCUGCAGGACUGCAGCUCAGUGAGAUCUUGAAGUUUGGGGUAGAUAAGCUUUUGUCAUCAGAGGAGAGCUCUGUACAGGAUGUGAAACUGGAGAAGAUCCUUGGCCCGUCACACGACGGUCAGUGGGUAGAUGAUGAAGACUUCACCUCACUCAGAGAGGAGGAAGAGGAGGAAGAGAAUCUCUCUGGUUCUGAUGGACAGAACCACAUGUACUACUUUGAGGGGAAAGACUACAGUAAGGACCCCAGCUCAGAAGAUCAGAAGAGCUUCGACCAUUUGCUGGAGGAGCAGAUGAAUGAACUACAGAGAGUUACCGGAGAGGGACGAGCUUUACGACACAAAGCUGGAGUUUCACUGUCAGUGGCUCUCGAGAUUCCAACGAGGAAGAGGAAACCUCUUACUGAGGCUGAGCUGGAGCUGAGACGCAAGAAAAGGGAGGAGGCUGCAGCCAAGAGAGCCAAAAUUCAGGAGGAUGCGAAGAAGAAGCAACAAGAGCAGAAAUACAAGAAAAAAAUGGCGUGGUGGGAGUCAUGCGGCUACAGAUCACGGUCCCUGCCGUGUGUGGACAGUGAAGAAGAAGAAGAGGAAGAGGAGGAUGACAGCAGCGUGUGCUCCACAGACUCUGACAGCACGGCCAUCCACUACGUGCUGGGGGAUGUUACUCAUCCUCACACCGCUCAGGGAGAUGCCAUCAUCGUCCACUGUGUUGAUGACUCAGGCCGGUGGGGCAAGGGAGGCUUGUUUACUGCUCUAGAGAUGAGAUCAGAUGAACCACGAAAACAGUAUGAGUUGGCUGGCAAGAUGAAAGAUUUGGACCUUGGAAAUGUGCUGCUUUUCCCCAUAGAUGACAAACAGUCGAGAUUAGAAGGCCAAGAUCAGUUGGCCCUGAUAGUGGCACAGGAAAGAGACAAAGCCAACAACUUGUCUGGGAUCCUUCUGACAGCUCUGGACGAAGGUUUGAAGAAGAUUUAUGCUGCAGCCAAAAGAAACAAGGCGAGUGUACACCUGCCUCGCAUCGGACACUCCACCAAAGGCUUCAACUGGUACGGCACAGAGAGGCUCAUCAGGAAACACCUGGCUUCCAGAGGCAUCCCAACAUUCAUAUACUAUCACAGCAGAACAGCAAAAAGCACGGCUCCACCUCAGACGUCCACCUCUUCGACAUCAACAUCCUCCCCUCAACCACAGUUGAAUAACUCAAACAGGUUGACUGGUGAGACAGAAGCAGAAACUCCCGGCCCCUCCUCGGCUCUGCUCCAGAGCCCUGAGCCCGCCGAGCUCCCCAGCUUCAUGAGGGGAGUCCAUGUGUUUUUCUACAACCUGCCUGCAUCGGAGAGGAAGAGGCUGGCCCGCUAUCUUAUCACUUAUGAUGGAGAUGAAGAGGAAAUCAUGAGUGCGGAGGUCACCCACAUAGUGGCGGAGGUGGAGAGCAGCGUCCACACACAGGAACUCCAGGAUCUGGUGCGUCAGUACACUCAGGCUGUCUGCGUGCAGAAGGACUGGCUCGACUCCUGCUUCUCCAAGCAAAGAAAAGUCGACACAGCACCGUUUCUACAUCUGCUCAGAUAAUACUGUGGUUCGCUUUUAAUCCCCCCCACCUUUUUGUAAUGAUCCCACUGUAUGAAUCUUGAAUGAACUUGAUUGGCUGUUUGAAAAUACACUAAAUAUCAAAUGAGAACAGUUUACAGUUAUUGUCAUCAUUACGUGAGCGAAAUGGUAAAUAAACACGUCUCUGUGCUGUCUGGA